AUGUCAGUAUAUUCACAACUUUUUCCUCUUUUUAUGGCAAUUGAAAGGUUUGUAUCAUCUUCUUCGAAAGCACCUGAAACACUAAUUUACACCCUUCAAAAUUACAAGAGUACAAUUCCGCAAGAUACACUAGUCAAUAAUGAUAUCACGCAAUACUGUAAUUCGGCAACUAAAAAGUAUCAACCACUGACCUUGAGAAUUGGGAUCUUCUAUGCUAACGAAAAGUCGAGAUCCAGCUCUAAAAUUAUAGAAGCAAUCCUUGCAGAUCCACUUUCAGAUAAUAACAAACCCUGGUUCAACAAGAUACAACAGAGAAACAAAUCACCAAUUGUCCUGUUUCAAUAUUCCCCUACGGCAGUUGUAUCAGAUAAUACUUGUGAUGUCCCGUCACCUAUCCUCGGUGGAAUUUAUCGACCCACUUAUAACUUUGAACCUGAGCAAUUUCCUAAUGAUUUAAUAAUAGACGAAAUAAACCAGGAUAUUUCAACAGUUAAAGUUACUAACUAUACCUUCUUGAUAUGUGUCGAUGACCAAAUCAAACUCAAUCAAUUUAAUGAAGAGACUCAAAACAAAAUAUUCUUGAAUGUGAUUGAUAAUGAAUCAUAUUCACCACCAAGUAUUCAAGAUACCCCGAUUGCAUUCACUAAUGAACCAAAUACCAAUAUAAUAAAGAUUAAUAGUAAACUAGCGGUUACUGGUAUUGAAGAGUUUCUUGAAAAAGAUGUGGCUGUUGCUUCUGAGUACCUUCAAGAUAUGAGGGAUAGUAAUAUCUACGAAUUGUUAAAGGCAAUCACCUGGAUGCUGAACAAGGAUACUGUUAAUGAGUUUUUAUUGAAUAAUAUAAAGACUAAAAUUGCAAAGUAUAUAAAAUCUGCCAAGGAACCACAAGAAAACCAUAGAAUUGCUGCAACAGACAUUGCUAAAUUUGCCGAGUUUGUUAACCGCGAACUUCAGGAUGAAUUCCAGCCCCAAACUCAACAAUUCUUUAAGAAGAAGUUAAACUGGUGGAGGUUAUAUUACAAGAAUGACAAUGUUGAAUAUGAUAUCAAGGAUUUCUUUAAUGCCCAUUUCAUGAAUAAAAGUAUUGAAAAGUAUAAUUUCUUAAAUGGGAAAAUCGCCGGAGUUAACGAUGUUGACGAACUAUCUAAUCCAUUAUCUGAUUUAAAGACCACUAUUAUAAAUGAACGUGUUAGCCAAGAAGUUCAACCUUUGGUUAUUAAAACUUUAGCAUCUGCCUUUAUAUAUUACCAAUUACCCAUAGGAAUCAUUGCUGCAUUAUCUUAUCAAUUCUUUGGGUUUAGUGCUAAUGCAUCCAUUGCACUCUUAUCAUUAGGUUUAGUGGUUGGUUUCAACCAAGUGUCCCGAAUCUGGAUCGAAUUUACUCAUAAUUGGUUAACUGAGUUGUUUGAAGAAAUCAGAGUAUGUUUAAGUAAAGAGUGUAUCGAAAAGGGUCUUUUGAAGCAGUCCGACAAUAGAUUAGCCAAAGAUAUCAAACUAGCUGAAUUGCGGACACAAACUUUAGAGCAAUUAAAUUAA